CGUCAACAACCCGCCAUUGCACCCCUUAGUUCCCCCACCAUGUUCAAGAAGGAUCUCGUCGCGGGGGCCAAGUCCAAGGUCAAAUCCUCCGUGCAGCGGGGCAUCCGUGCCAAAGUCCUCGAGACAUACCCCAACCUCGAGCCGCACAUUGACGAGAUUAUGCCCAAGAAGAGUCAAUUGGAUCUAGUGAAGCUGUAAGAAAACAUCUCUCUUACGUAGCCUGUCUUCCUUACGGGCCUACUUCAUCUCGUCCCCGAAGAGAGAGCGUAUCAUGCCCACCUACCCACCUCAUCGCUUCACCGCCAAAGCCUGUACUGACAUAGCCCGCUAUCCUCGCCCUAGUCCCGACCGUGUCUCCCUCUACGUCCUCGACGACCGCGCCCUCUUCUACCAGCACAUGGACGACCCGAUCAUCCCCCACCUCAAGAUCGUCCAUCAGUACCCGCAGGCCUUCAAGACGAUCCGGAUCGACCGCGGCGCCAUCCGCUUCGUCCUGUCCGGCGCGACGCUGAUGGUUCCGGGUUUGACAUCCGCGGGCGGUAGACUCCCCGACGCCUCUGACGAGGCAAAGGCAGGCGACAUCGUCGCGAUCGCGGCCGAGGGAAAGAGCGAGGUCUGUCUCAUCGGACAGUUGGAGAUGGGCACGGAGGAGAUGAAGAAAGCCAAAAAGGGUGUGGCCAUGAGCGCGGGCCACUAUCUCGGCGAUGGGCUGUGGAAGAUGGAUUUGAGCUGAACGUAGAGCAAUGCAACUCCAGUCAACAUUUAGGGGCCGGGGCAUCGCUGUGCAUGGGGAACCAAGAAGAAAAUGGCUAAGCCUAGCAGAGAGCAGCACCUUUCGAAGAAGGCACAGGUCGAUUCCUGCCGCUGUGGUACGAAGCGGAGCACAAAAAAAGGAGAAGCAAGAUCCCGUCCGUCUGCGGUAUGAACGAGCCCAGGGUUUUGGAACCAUUUGGCAAGAAAGCAGCCGAAAGACUUCUCCAAGGCAUCUCUGCUCGGGGAAAGCGGACAGCUAAGUUGCUGGUCCAAGGACGCUGACUGAUGACUGAUGCUGGCUGAAUAUUUGGAUCCUUUUGCAGCACAGCGGGUGUUGCUCAAAGGCGGGCCGAAGGACGAGAAUCUAUGGGUCAAACGGUCCCGUAUGCUAAAGAAAGCCGCCGACUCAUAGUGUUGGAACGAAUUUUAUAGUGACAAAUCUCUGUCAACAAUAGAAACGUCCAAAGACUCAGAGAGGACCACCAACAAGGGACAGAUUUCGUCGACGGAUUCAAGAGAACUUUACAAGAUUGGUACAAUCACCUCCUUCGACUUGAUUGAGAGGCUCUCAUGAUAACUGUG